AUGCGAUUCUUCUCUCUACCACUACUCGUUUGGCUGGCGACCACUGCGGCGGCCUCAGCAGCUACCUGCAACCGUGGGUACGAGCCAUGCGAGGCCAAAGGCGCAGGUUCGGGCAGCCCACCAGCCAUCGGCCCUGACAUGGUGGGAUUCUAUGCGGAUGUUGUCAACUCGGCGAACGGCGCUGGAUCGAAGAAGAGGUCGCCGGACGAGAUACACGAUGUUAUUGCGCGGGACGAUGGCGGCCAGUCGAAGCUCUGUUGCAUGGAGCCGUCGACGGGGAUACGAUGUCUGCUCCUCCGGGGAGUCAAGAUAUCAUUCUGCUGGGACCGGUUUACCACCAACUAUUACUUCGCGGAUGGAUCGUACGGAAGUGUCACCACAGGUGAAUACCACCUCGCAAACGGCGACUCGGUCAACCUGAUCAUGGGCAACUAUACACGCUCCGGCGGCGAGACGGGAAACCUAUACGGUGACGGCACCCCUAGUCCCAAUCUCAGCACCCUCCCGAUCCCCACUCAGUUUACCAGCAAGGGAGUCGGCACCGCGAUCCCAGGCAGCGAGCUGGGAGGUGCGGCGACCUACACCGUCAGCGAAGGCACAACUCGCCCUCCAACCACGAUCCCAGCCACCACCAUCGCCGCCAGCACUGACAGCGCAGGAGUCGUGGUCCCUGGUACUACCGUGCAAGCAACCGUCGUGCCAGGUACAACGGUUGGGCCGGCCACUGUCACCGUGACAGCGCCGGGGAAGAACCCGACAGCGCCACCGAACGCUGGCAGCCAGACGGUGCCAUUGGGCUACACCCUGAUGGCUUCGAUGGUCCUCAUGGCCUGUGGAAUCCUGUCAUGA